AUGGUUAUAGCCCGAUUGGUUUUAAUGUAAAAUUCUUGUCUCAUCUGCUCUGUGCAGUAUGUUUGAAUGAUUCGUUCGGCUUGGACUGCAGUCUGUCGUGUGAGGACUGUGUUAACGGAGGAGUGUGUAACAAACACAGAAACGGCUGUGACUGUCCUGACGGAUGGACGGGACUCGUGUGUAAUGACCUGUGUGAAUCAGGCUUCUUUGGCUCUGGCUGUGAUAAUAAAUGCUCGUGUCCGGCUGGAGUGACCUGUGAUCAUGUGACCGGAGUGUGUCAGCCGCAGUGUCCAGCUGGAACGACAGGAGACAAGUGUGAGCAAGCCUGUCCGCAGGGUUUCUAUGGUCUGGACUGUCAGCAGAAGUGUGUGUGUAUGAACGGAGCUCUCUGUGAUCAUGUCAGGGGUGAAUGUGUCUGUCCUCCUGGCUGUAACCAAACCUGUCUGCCUGGCACCUUCGGGAUCGAGUGUAAUCAGGUGUGUCAGUGUUCAGAGAGUAACCAGCAGUGCCACCCGCUGUCUGGAGACUGUUACUGCAGGCCUGGAUUCACAGGACCUAAGUGUGAACAGGCGUGUGCUGAAGGCUUCUACAGUCCUGGCUGUGAGCGUCGCUGUCAGUGUUUGAACGGUGGAGCUCGUCUCUCGGUCUCAGGUGCCUGUGAAUGUCCGGCCGGAUUCAUCGGGGCCCGCUGUCAUCUCACGUGUCCCGCUGGUCUGUUCGGCUCUGGCUGUCAGCAGCACUGUGACUGUGUGAACGGAGCGUCAUGUCACCACAGAACCGGACAGUGUGUCUGUCCCGCUGGAUUACACGGCUCCCGCUGCGAGAGAGCGUGUAAGCAGGGCUCCUUCGGUCUGAACUGCUCUCGGUCAUGUGACUGUGCGGAGGACACCCCGUGUGACCCGGUGAGCGGCAGCUGUAUCUGCUCCUCGGGACAGACGGGCGUCCGGUGUGACAGCGGCGGACCUCCAGAGCUGAACUCAAGACGUUCAGAAGAGAAUCAGUCGCAGCUCAACGUCUCGUAGCGCUAGCAAACACACAGACACGGAGCUGUUUGCAGGUUCACACCUGAUCCUUCAUCGCUCUUCCACGACUCUGUCUCUGUUUCACUUCUGUUGUUUAAAGAGGCUGGAAUCACAUCUGACUGGACUAAACAAGAGAAAAGUACGGUAAUCGCUUAUUACCGUUUGCAUUUUCGUUUAAGCGAACGCACAGUGUCAGCGACAUUUAAAAUGGAAAUGCAAAGUCCAUUUGCAAUUGUGUUUCCCAUAUCUUACGAACUGUG